CAACUUGGAUGGAUUGGUUGGGAAGGGACAAAGGUCAAAGUUGAGGUUCCUAUAGGGAGGGAAUCUUUGUGCUUAUGGGGUUUCCUUGGUUGGGGACUCUCUUGGGACCUUCCCUCUCAUCCCUCUCUUCCUAUCCCAACCUUUCUCUUGCUCCUUCAAAUUCCUUGUGAGAUUCUUGAACUUUGAUUGAACCUUUUGAGAUUGAGUUAAGUUCUCCUCCUACAGCUUACCCCCUAAUGCGUCGAAAGCCAUAGCGUCGCGAAUACUUCAUCAAUCAACGUGAUUCAAAUUGGGAACGGUAGCUGAGAUUAAGAGCUACAACAUAUCCAAGUUUCGCGACAUUCCAACGGCUAGUUUUUCGUCGACGUUGUUUCUUGUGAAGACGACUUUUCUGUCCAGAAUUUCGGAUUUAUAUUUUGAGUAAUUCUAGUUCCUAAGUUCACCUAGACUCCGUCCUUAAUCCUAACAAGUGGUAUCAGAGCUGUAUUAAGGACGUUGAGAGGAGUCUACAGAAGUGUGAAGACCCUUCUAGACCCACCAUGGCCUGUGGGUGUGCCUAAGUGGUGUUCUAAAGGUUGGAUGUGUCUUCCGCUAAGGGAAACUCUGCCGAAAUUUCGUGGACGCCGACACUUGUGAAAAUAUCGAGGGAGCUGAGUGUGGACAGCAAAGAGGGGCUGAAAUUCGUCAUUUCUCAAGGAGAAGAUGAAUGAGAGAGGAGGAGAUGCUAAUGGAAGAGGAGCUGUAGCUGAGAAGACAAGUGAGCCGCCGCCAUCAAAAGUUGAAGCUUUGGAUGGCUCCAACUAUGAGGAAUGGAGCGGACGGAUGAGAAGUGCCUUCAAACGCUACAAGCUACUGAAGAUUGCUGUUGGGGAAGAGAAGAUGCCGGAAGAAGGCGAAGCACGUGAACGGUGGAUUGAGAAAAGCACGGUGCUUUUCGACCUCAUUCUUCAAUCGGUCAACAAGGAGAUGUUCGAGCACAUCAAGGAUCUUGUGGAAGCGGAUGAUUCGGGUCCAAGGGCGUGGAAACUACUACGUGAUGUGGUAAAACCCCCUGGGAAGAUCAAGUAUGUGGCAGCAGCGUCAGGUGCUUUGCUCCCCGUGAUUGGUGUUGGGAAUGCCAAGGUUAAGGGAGCUAAUGGGGAGCUUGUGGGGCUUGGGAAUGUUCUGCUGGUUAAAGGCUUGUCUGCUAACCUUCUCUCUGUGCGGCGACUGCAGAAGAGUAAGGCCGAAGUGACCUUUGGACCAACCAGCUGCCGUGCUAAGCUUGGGAAGAAGGUGCUGUGGAGUCUGGAAGAGGAGACCAGCUGCAUCAAGGACCUGUGGCAGCUGCCCAUCAUCCCUUGGAAUGGGAAGACUCCAACAGCAGCAACGGCAGCAGCGGCAAAGGCAACAGCAGGAGGAGAUGCAACUGCACCAACUGAUGGGGUCCUGGAAGCAGUCAAGAAAGUGCAGAAGCAGCAGACACAUGGUGAGGUGCUUGCUGGUGUGGAUGCGAGUGCGGCAUGGGCUAAGGCUUCAUCAAGGAGUGGAGAGGCCGAUUGGGAGACAUGGCAUGAGAGGUUGUGUCAUGUGAACUUCCCUAUGCUGCAGAAGUUGGUGAAGAAUGGGAGCCUGAAGGGCUUGGAGGUGAAAGGGGAAGUGAAGGAGAUUGGGAGCUACCCUACAUGCUUGGAGACCAAGUUCUCCAAGUUCCCCUUCAACAGUGCAACAGGACCAGCCAAGACCCCACUUGCACUUGUGCACAUGGAUGUGGUGGGGCCCACAAGAGCCCCUUCCCUCUCAGGCAGCCGCUAUUUCUUGACAAUUGUGGAUGACCACACUCGGGCAGUGUGGGUUUACCCUUUGAACAGCAAGGGGGAGGUGGCAGCGGCUGUCCUUAAGGAGUGGAUGCCUAGAGCUCAGAGGGAAUGCGGACACAAGGUGAAGGUGAUCCGCAGUGACAAUGGUGGGGAGUUCAUUGGAGCUGAUUUUGAGGGGGAGUUGAAGAGGAAGGGGAUCCAGCAUCAACUGACAGUGCCCUACAAUCCGCAGCAGAAUGGCGUGGCUGAGAGGUUCAACAGGACCCUGCAGGAGGGGGCACGCACUCUCCUUGGGCGUGCAGGGCUACCUGAUCCGUUUUGGGUGUCUGCACUGAGGCAGGUCGCCCUUGUGAAGAACAGGGUGCUGGCUACAGUUGGAGAUAAGGAGUGGAUCCCAUAUAUCAAGUGGUAUGGGAGUGCUCCAGCUGUGAACAUGCUGAGGGCAUUUGGGUGCAUGGUAGUGUUUCAUGUGCCUAAGGAGAAAAGAGGGAAGUUGGAGGCUUCUGGAAGAUGGGGUGUGCACUUGGGGAUUGCAAAGGAUCACAAGGGAUGGCUGCUAUGGGACUUGACCACCCAGAAGCUGACAGUGUCAAGGGAUGUGAAGUUUCUUGAGUCCCUGUACUACAAGGAAUGGAAGCAGCAGCAACAGAAGCUUCCAUCUACACCGCUCAUUGUGGAGGCAGAUGAGGUGCAGCAGCCUUCAAGACAGGUGGAGGUUGCAGUGUCAGAGGAGGAGAUGUCUGGGGUGACUGAGGAAGGGGGAGCAGCUGAAGUGGAGCAGCAACAGCAACAUGAGUCUCCACCUCGAGUUCCACACCUGCCUGAGCGACCUAGGAGGGAUGUGCGCCCUCCAGUGAGGCUGACCUAUGGGGGAAGAGGCAGGCCGAAUGUGGUGCAGGCUGGGAGUGUGGUUGAGCAGAUUGAGGAAGAUGAGAUCGCUCACUGCUACUGGGCACCAAUCCCUGAGCCCAAGACUCGAGAGGAGGCCUUGAAUGGACCAAAUGGGGAGAAGUGGAAGGCGAGUGAGGAUGAGGAGUUCGGGUCCCUAAUUGAGAACGAGACAUGGGACCUGUGUGACUUGCCUCCUGGAAAGAAGGCAAUCACUUCCAAGAUGAUCUACAGGCACAAGUAUGGACCUGAAGGGGAGCUGACCCGCUACAAGUCUAGGCUUGUGGCACGGGGGUUUCAGCAGACAAAGGGGAAGGACUAUGAUGAGGUGUUUGCUCCUGUGGGGAAAGGAACAACACUGAGGGUGCUGUUGGCGAUAGCUGCACUCCUGGGAUGGAAGAUACGGCAGAUGGACAUUGUGACUGCCUUUCUGAAUGGGAUCAUUCUGGAGGAGGUGUACAUGAAACAGCCAGAGGGGCUGGAUGAUGGGAGCGGCAGGGUCUGCAGGCUGAAGAAGGCCAUUUAUGGCCUUAAGCAGGCGCCUCGUGCAUGGUAUCACAAGUUGGAGGAGGCGCUGUUGGCUGGGGGUUUCAAGAAGAGUGAGUGUGACCCCAGCCUGUUCCUGCUGCAGGAGAAGGAUGAAAUCCUCAUGCUCUUGGUGUAUGUGGAUGAUAUCCUUCUCUUUUCUGCAUCCACUGCUUUGCUGGACAGCGCAGAGCAGAUGCUGGAGAUGCAGUUCAAGUGCUCCAAGAUGGGUGAGGUGAAGUACUACUUGGGGAUGCACGUGGAGAGAGAUGUGGAGAAGGGUGUGCUGAGGUUGCACCAGAGGAAGUACUGUGAGGGGCUGGCUGAGAAGUAUGGGCUGCAAGAUGGGGGAAAGCCAGCAACACCACUACCUUCAGGGUUUACUGUGGAGCCAUGUGCUGAUGAGGAGGUAGUGGGUGAGAGUGAUAGGAAGCUGUUUCAUUCGAUGGUUGGGUCGCUGAAUUAUGCUGCAAAUCAUACACGGCCUGAUAUUGCAUUUGCUACAUCACGAUUGGCUAGUGUGGUCUCACGCCCUAGUCAUGAGCAGCUGGAAGCGGCCAAGAGGUUGGUCCGCUAUGUGAGUGCUACGGCAUCAGUGGGAUUGGAGUACAGUGGAGUGAGGCAGCGGUUGCAGAGAGGUGCUGCAGAUGUGAAGAGUGGAAAGAUGCUCUUGAGUUGCUAUACUGACGCUAGCUUCAACUCAGUGAAAGCGGAUGGCACCAGCAUUGGGGGUUAUGUGUGCUUGCUAGGAGGUGGUGCUGUGAGCUGGCGCAGCAAGAAGCAAAAUGAGGUGGGAUUGUCCUCAUGUGAGACUGAGUACAUGGCCUUACACCAUGGGGCCAAGGAAGUAGUGUGGCUAAGGCGUUUGUUGGAGGAGUUGGGAGUUGGUCAGGAGAAGCCGACAGUUGUGUUUUGUGACAAUGAGUCCGCUGUGAAGCUCGCCAAGAAUGCUUGUCUGCAUGGGCUGACAAAACACAUAAGGCCUAAGUGGCAUUGGGUGAGGAGAAUCCUUGAUAAGGAGGUGCGGCUGGAGAUAGUGAAGACCCAUCAGCAGGCAGCAGAUAUUUUCACCAAGCGUCUGGCGGAGGCGGAUCAUUGGAAGGGCAUGAAGCUUGCUGGGAUGAGUGUGCAUUGAGUAUGCAUGCUUGAGAUGUGGUAUGG